AACACUUGCUUGUACUUCAAAGAAGAACACGUGACGUCAUUAUCCUGCGACUUCGUUUGGACAGAAGAUACACAUUUUUUUUCGCGCUGAUUUUGAAGCUGAAAAAUCAUGACUGUAUGUAACUUUUUUCUUCAAGGCCGUUGUCGCUAUGGCGAAAAAUGCUGGAACGAACAUCCAAGAGGAGGAGGAGGAGGUGGUGGCGGAGGAUAUAACAAUUAUAACCGUAAUUCGGCUCCGCAACAUUCUAGAGGAGGAGGGUUUGGCAACAAGGUCUGGAUAAAUCCCUCUCAGCAGAAAGGAGGCUUCAACCAGCAGCAGUCCCAACGUGUGAAUGAUCACUGGGGUGGGAGAGGACAGGAUGUGAAGAGCUCUGAAUUUAGCUUCUCUUCUCAAAACAGAUUUUCAGCACUCAACAACCAAAACAACUUUGACAGGGGAGGUAGGGGAGGAUUAGGGAGAGAAACGACAGGAGCUGGUGAAGAUGAUGAUGAACAUAAGCUAGAGACCAUUCAAAGCGACAUGAAAACUUGGGAGAGCUCAGGCCAGUGGGGCUUCUCAUGUUAUUCUAAUUUCAAGGCACAAUUAUCAGGUUUUACGGAUUUGUCUCCAGAAGAGCUGAGGCUUGAAUAUUACUCUACCAAAGCAUCAGGAGAUCUACAGAGUUAUUUGAAUGGGGUCAAUCUGUUGCUCAGUCAAUGGAGAAGUAGAGUUCAGGAUCUGCUGAUAAUGAAUCCAGCCACUCGUGCAGCUUUGCUUGCCGAACUAAAAAAUCCAGCACAUCAGGCAUCGUCAAGUGCCUUUGGCUCAACAUCCGAUGGAUUUGGAUCUUCUUCAUUUGGUUUUGGCAGUCAAGGAUUUGGAGCAGCACCAGUCCAAGCAAGCACUUUUAGUUUUGCUGCUCCAGCGGGUGGAUUUGGCUCUUCACCAGCACCAGCAUCCGCACCGUCUUUCGGAGGUGCCAUUUCAGCCCCGGCUGGGUUUGGCGCCCCCUCCUCUUUCUCUGGUUUUGGUUCUGCUGCUCCUUCAGCCGCAUCGUUCUCCUUCACUUCUUCAUCCAGCAGUCAACCGCCAGCUUCAGCUUCAGGAUUUGGCUCGGCCUCAGGUUUCAGCUUCUCCUCAACUGCUACCAAUAGCAACAACAACAACAAAGUAGCCUUUGGAAGCACUUUUGGGUCUGUGGCACCUACGGGAAGUUUGUUCGGACAGUCGAGUGCUACUGCAGCCUCUGCUGGGGGCGCCUCGGACAGUCUGUUCUCCGCCAAUAGUGAACUGACCCCUGAAGAGCUGGAACAGUUCAAAGCACAGAGGUUCACUUUGGGACAGAUUCCUUUGAAGCCCCCUCCUGCUGAAAUGCUUCGGGUUUGAUGCUCAAAGUAUUUUCUGAUUUACUAUUCAGAAUAAAUCUCAUUUGAGUGGGUUUGCCUGAAAUACAUUCACCUAUACAGUAGCUUUAGUAUGCAGCAGUUUCCAGGAAAUGCUUGAGAAGCAUUUUAUUGCAGAAUGUCAAGAUUUUUAUCUAAUACAUGAUGAACGUUGACCUUUAAAAAUGUUUAUAGGAAUACAAUACAUUUUUUUUUUUCAUAUUUUAAGUUUUCUUAGCCCUUUUGGGAGGUUUUGUUCAGGAAAUGUCGCCCUUUUUGUCAACUAUGUAAAGCCUGGUAAGACGUGACAAAGGGCUACAUAAAUAAAAUUGACUUCACUUUGAGUACUAUAUCGUGAGUACGGUAUAGUUACGUGCCUACUGAGAUUCAGAAGUAAAAAAAUUAUAAAGUUAGCUGUUCCUUUUUCUUGCCUCAUGAUAAACUGAUUUUCUGAAUAUUUUUGGUUUUCUAGCUACAAUCAUUUACGCUCAAGUCAACGUAUGAUUAACGUAUACAUUCAUAUACAACGUAUAAUUGAAGUCGGCACACAAAAGACAGAACAGUUCGAAAAUAUUUGCCCCAUCAUUAGUUUUUGGCGUCGUGUAAAAUGAUCAGUCUAUUCCGCAAAUGUCUCAAUUUGCUGCAUUUAUUUGAAAUAAUAAAAUGGGGUUCAUUUCAGUUUACAAGCUAUUUUGAUCACCCAAUUACUUUGACUUCCAGUUUCUCCCCUAUUUGUGACAGGGACCAAUCCUUUUUCCCCAGGACUAGUGAAUAACUACUGUAACAUCUCAUUGCAGUCGUUGCAUUGACACUGUUAUUAAGCCAACGUUAGGCCUCAAAUCUUUUUUUGACCCAUGUGCCCUUUCAAGUGUACCAACUUGUACGUCAUUGAUCUCUAUCGCUUUGUUGACGGAUGACAAGAACGGGCUGGCCGACCAUCGCUUAAACGACCUCUCACUUAGGAAUGCCAAUGAGCUGAUUAGGAUUCGUUGGCGCUAUUAAUGUUUCAUAGAGGUCUCAUUCAACUUCAGUCUGCUUUGUUCCAGCUGUGGAAAACAAAAGGGCUUUGCAAGUGAAACAUUUAAUUGUGUUGUGCCACUGUGGUUUCCCUAUUGGAACGAAGGAUAUUGAUCACAGUCCAAUAGAUUUAUGUUUGCAGUUGCAACUGUCAGUGCUGGGUACCUUGUUAAAAACACAUUUCAUGUGUGUGUGUGUGUUCAUGUGUGGUUUAUGAUAACGGCACACUGACAGUGAAAUGACAUUGCAGUAAAUGUUUUUAGUUUGGAGAAGACUCUUGUGGCCACCACAUUGGGUAUUCAUGCAUAGCUCAUUGGCUGCCGUAGACGGCGAUAGAUGUCCAAUUCAUUUUAAACAGCAUUGACUGCUGAGGAUGUCUGCUAUACCCCCACACUGAUAGACUCGCGCAUAGGUGGAACGUGAAUGUAAUAAUGGGUAUUAAUGACGUAAUGACCAGUUCAGGGUGUACCCUGCCUUCUGCCCAUAGUUAGCUGGGAUAGGCUCCAGCACCUCCGCGACCCUCGUGAGGAAAAUGCGGCAUGGAAAAUGAAUGAAUGACGUAAUGAGGAAGGAUGAGCACAUCUGAUUGGCUAAAUAGUACAGGCAUAAAUUAAGGCGUUUAUUAGCGUUUUGCUCCGAUAUUACACAACAAAAAGAAAUUCUGUGUUUUAUCGAUUUAUCUAACAAGAUUCUCCUCACUGGGAUGCUAAUGAUAAUGGUGUUAUCUUUUCCUUCAUGAUGCUGAAUGCAGGUAUUUGUACAGUGGUUUGAAAAAGUAUGUGAACCUUUUGGAAUUUCUCAUAUUUCUGCAUAAAACCACCAACAAAUGUGAUCUGAUCUUUGUCAAAAUCACACAGAUGUAAAAACAGUGUGGUUUAACUAAAACCACCCAAACAUUUAUAAGUUUUCAUAUUUUAAUGAGGAUAGCAUGCAAACAAUGACAGAAGGAAGGAAAAAAG